AUGUCGGGCUACCCGCCCCCGCAGGGCAACCCCUACCCCCCCGCGGGGUACCCUCCCCAGACCAACCAAGGCGCCUACCCGCCGAUGCACAACGUGCCGCUGGGCGCCGGGAACUCCCAGGGCUACCUCCAGGGCAGCCAGCCUGUGCAGGGGUACCCGGCGUACGGCAGCGCGGUGCCAGCCGUCGGCCAGCCCAGCGCCCCCCCCAUGAUGCAGGCGCCAGUGCAGCAGGCGACCAAGCCGGCGGGGCCCGGCGCGGAGGGCGUCGGCGGCCUCUCCUCGAUCGGCAUUCCCGAGCCCACCUGCCCGAUGAUCUACGUCGCCCAGGACGCCACUGGGCGCUCGUGGAAGCCGUGCCAGAUCACGACGUACAACCUGCACGCGGACUUCCACAUCGGCACGUGCUUCGCGGACGCCAUCGUGGACUACAUCGUUCCGAGCGACGCCAAGAAGGGGCCGGGGCUCUUCAUCCUGCCGAAGCACCGCGACGGCGUCAUCACGGGCGUCCGCCUCGAGAACGCCACGACCAACAACGUCUUCCUCACCGCGGUGCUCUCCAAGCAGGACGUCGAGCGCAACGCGCAGAAGUCAGCGAAGAAGAACAAGAAGCAGGACAAGGCCGACGCCGCGUACGAGGCCGUCGACGAGGCCUUCCGCGGGGACCCCGAGCUGUUCCGGAUGCAGGUCCCGGCCCUGCGCCCCAAGGACGUCCUCCGCCUGCACCUGUCUUUCUUCCAACCGGGGGAGUUCCGCAUGGGCUCGUACGAGGCGCGGCUGCCGACGCGCGUGCCGGCGGAGGCGCGGCUGGAGAAGGCGCAGCUGCAGCAGACGAUCACGGCGACGAUCAACAGCGGCGACCAGGCCGCGGUGAAGUGGCGCUGCCACACGCACAAGCUGCAGCCGGACGCGGGGUCGGAGAGCCUCGGCGGGCACGUGCGGCUGCGGCAGGUGCCCGGCGCGGACGGGCCGGGCGGGACCGAGAUGGUGCUGGCGUACAGCGUGUGGGCGCAGCAGAUACGCGCCACGCUCAACGUGCAGGACCCGACGGGCGACGAUCCGCGGGGGACGUUCUGCCUGGCGGUGGCGCCGCCGGAGGAGCAGUUCGCGCAGCCGUUCCCGCGGUCGAUCGUGUUCGCGGUGGACUGCUCGGGGAGCAUGUACGGCGAGCCCAUGAAGCUGGCGCGCGCGGGGGUGGUCGCGGCGCUGAGUCAGCUGUCGGACAGGGACUACUUCAACGUGAUCGCGUACGACCACCGCCAGAAGUGCUUCCAGCCGGGCGUGGUACAGGCCACGCAGAAAGCCGUGCGCGAGGCCACGCGGUGGUGCGAGCAGAACCUGGUCGAGCAGGGCAUGACGGACAUCCUGACUCCGCUCCGCCAGGCCGCCGACAUGCUCCGCAGCCCCGACGCCAGCUACGGCAUCCCCUACAUCUUCCUGCUCACCGACGGCGCGGUCCAGAACGAGCGCGACAUCUGCAAGUGGGCCCUCUCCCUCAAGUCCGACCCGGCCUACACGGGCCUCGCCAUCCCCCGCAUCCACACCAUGGGCAUCGGACCCUUCUGCAACCAUUACUUCCUGAAGAUCCUCGCCGAGGCCGGCCGCGGGUUCGCGGACGUCGCGCUGCGCGCGUACAGCAUCCAGCACCAGAUCGAGGGCCUCAUGAAGGCCUCGGCGCUGCCCGUGCUCGGCGACGUGGCGCUCAGCAUCGAGGGCCUGACCGACUGCGAGUUGUACCCCUUCCCCGUGCCCGACCUGUACGUCAACCGCCCGCUCGUGGUCUCCGGGAAGUUCGGCGGGCACUGGCCCGAGAAGAUCAAGCUCACGGGCGUGCUGCCGAACGGCACGAAGUUCGAGCUGGAGGUGCCGUCGUGGCGCACGGCGCACAUCCCGCUGGACAAGGUGUUCGCGAAGCAGCAGCUGGACCUGACCAUCGGACGCGCGUGGCUGCACGAGGACGAGCGGCUCCAGGCGCGCGCGAUCGAGAUGAGCGUCAAGAACAACAUCCCGUGCGUGCACACGGGGCUGGUGGGGUUCGAGAUUCCCAAGUCGAAGAUGAAGGAGUGGGAGAAGGCGAAGAGCUCGAAGAAGGGGCUCAGCGGCGGCGCGGUCGCCGGGAUCGCGAUCGGCGGCGCGGCGGCGGUGGGGCUGAUCGGCGUGGCGGUGCUGACGCUGGGCGACGUCGACAUGAGCGCGGCCGGGAUGGCGGUGGGCAACGUGAUGAUGAGCGUGGGCGGGGACGUGGUGGAGUGGGUGCCGGACGCGUUCUCGGGGCUCGCGGAGGGCGCGGCGGACCUGGCGGAGGCGGCCGGGGAGGGGAUCGGGACCGCGGCGGAGGCGGUGGGGGAGCUCGGGGGGGACAUGGUGGACUGCUGCGGGGACUGCUGCGGGGAGAUCUUCGAGUGCAUGGGCGAGCUGUGCGGGUCGAUAGGCGACAUGUGCUAG